AUGGCUGGACAAACACCCCGCGCCGAGUGGAUCCACAUCAAGUCGCUGCGCACUCCGCCCCCGCAGUGGAUGGAGGACCACCCUGGACUCAAGCGUAACGGCUGGGACGAGCGGGCGCUCGAGAAGUUGGCCGGGGGCAAGCAGGCUUCGGACGACGACGGUGGCGAGAAGGAAGGCGCCUGCAAGCUCUACGUGGCCAACGAGUACUCGAAGACUGAGGCGCUCAAGCUCGCCUGGAUCCAUCCCCAGACCAAGCAGGCGAGCGACGUCACAGAGGUCGCGCCCGGCGGAGAGGCGACGCUGGACUCCUUCGUCGGACACGAGUUCACCGUGGCCCAUGGCGAGGAGAAGUCCAAGCCCUUCACGUGCCAGAAGGGCAAGAACAGAUUCCGCGUGGGCGCCAACCUGGUGGUCUCGCUGGCCUCCAAGUCAGAGCUCAACGUAAUCAUCUGUACUGCGCAGUUGUUCGGCACCCGAGGCGCCGCCGCCGCCGCGAAGGCCGCCGCCGCCAAGGCCGCGAAGGGCGCAGGGGCCGCGGCGGGCGGCGCCGAGGCCGAGGCCGCGGGCGGCGCCGGCGGCGCCUCGGGCUCAGGCGCUGCGGCGGCCGCCAGCGCUGCGGCCAACGGCAGCGGGGAGCAGGCGGAGAAGCGCAGGCGCGUCGACGGCGGGAGCCCGCCCGCGAUGGGGCGAGGGGGCGGCGUUGCGAAGGCUUGGAACGCCGACUUGCGCGCGCAGGAGGCCCAAUGGAGCGCAGCCGAGCCCAGCCCGCCCGCCGACGAGGUGUGGGCCUCCAGGGGCCUGGUGGUGCGCAUCAUCGGGGCCGGCGCGGACCUCAAGGAUUUCUUCGGCGUUGAGGGCGUCGUGCUCGAGGUCGAUGCGGCCUCGGGGCUCUGUAAGGUCAAGGCGCGGGCCAGCGGGAAGAGCCACGUGCUGCCAGGCGUGCACCUUGAGGACCUCGAGACGCGUGUCAGCCGCGACUGCAAGGAGGUGCGAGUGGUGCGGGGCCCCGGCAAGGGCGCAGUGCUGCCGUUGAUCGCCAGAGACGCGAAGCGGAACGUCGCGCGCGUGCGGAGAGGGAGGGCGCCGAGACCGAGAUGCGGCUCGACGACGUCUGCCAGUUCAUGGUCUGAGUCGCCCGCGCGCCCGCAGCCGGGCCCCGGCGCCGCACAGGCGCGCGGGGCCCGGCGCCAAUCCCUGGCGGGUGCGUGCGCGGGCUCUCUCGGGCCGCAAAGCGGGGGGCUGCUCGACGAGGCCGGACCCCCCCGCCUUCGCAGGCGACAGACCAGGACGCGAACGCCUCUGGCGCGCCGUGCCUCGAGGUCUUGUGCGGGGACGACACCGGCAAGGCCCGCCCUCAGCAUGCCCCUGUCCAUGGGCGGGCGGCAGGGCUCGAUGCCUGCGCGCUGCGCGCACUUCCCCGCCCCUCGGUCGCGCUGUGUUCCAUUCGCUUCCCUGUCUCGCUCCGCGCCCCAUGACGGCCAGUCCCUCCUCGCUGCCGCACCUGCGAGAAGGCUCUCGCGCGUGGGGCGCGCAACACGCCUGUGCACGAUGGCCGAGGGGCGGCCAGCGGUACCCUGUUGCAUAGGCUAG